AUGCAUUCCCAAUGGCCUGUACCGGCAACUUCCGUUCAUAAACUUCUCUUCGCCGAAGAAUGCGUUCUCAACGUCACCUCCGAAGAGGACAUGCAAAGGAGCAUGGACAUCGUCGUCGUCGCCGCCGCCGUCGCUGCCUGUAACAACUUCGGUCUCGUCAUCAGCCCGGACAAGACGGUGAUUAUGCAUCAACCGCCACCCGACGCUGCCUACGCCGCACCCCAAAUCAACGUGAACGGCAACCAGCUGCAAGUCGUGGACAACUUAACCUAUCUGGGCAACACCCUCUCUCGCAACACCAAAAUCAACGACGAAGUGGCCCGUCGGAUUUCCAAAGUCAGCCAAGCUUUCCACCGUCUGUGAAACACAGUUUGGAAUCGACACGGUCUCCACAUCAGCACCAAACUGAAAAUAUACAAAAAGGGUCAUCCUGCCAAAUCUGCUGGAUGGAGCGGAGACCUGGACGGUGUACAUGAAACAGGCACGAAGACUCAACCACUUCCACCGACGGAUAUUGAAGCUGAGGUGGCAGGACCGGAUUUCGGACACGGACGUACUAGAGCGAACAGAAUCCUCAGUAUCCACGCCAUGCUGUGACGACUGCAACUGCGCUGUAGCGGCUAUCUGGUGCGCAUGGACGACGAGCGGUUAUCCAAACGACUCUUCUAUGGAGACGUCGCCAGGGGAUCCCGCUGACAAGGAGGUUAAGUCCGAUACUGUAAGGAUACCCCGAAGACUUCCCUGAGGCGCCUACAAAUCGACCCGUCCAACUGGAAAGACCUCCCCCGGGACCCACCAACCUCGCGGAGAGCCGUGAAGACAGGCGCAGCGAUCAGCGAAGCCAACUGCAUCACCGCCGCCAAAGCCGAACGCGAAACUCGUAAAUCUCAACUACCCCUCCCCGCGCAACGCCAACAAUCAACCGCCCCCGACCUGCCCACGAUGCCAGCGGACAUUCAGGGCUCCAAUUAG